AACUUCAAAACAGAAGCAACUGCACCAGCAGCAGUAAUAGAAGAAGAAGAAGAAGAAGAAGAAGAAGAAGAAGAAACAAUAGAGAGAUGGGGCAAAUACAACAACGUCAUCACCAUCAACAUCAUCGUCAACAACAACAACAACGAAGACAACAACAACGAAGACAACAACAACACCACCACCACCAACAGCAGCAGUAACAUCAUCAUCAUCAUCAUCGACAGCAGCAGCAGCAGCAGCAGCAGUAGCAAUAAUAGAGGCAUUAAAAGCAGUAACAUCAGCGUCUGUUAUAACAGCAUCGAUAUAAUCCCAAUCAAAGACAUCCACACAACCAUAACCGCCAACACCAGCGCCUCCACCGUCGAUAUAGAUUCAUCAUUAUCGUAAUCGUCGUCGUCGUCGUCGUCGUCAUCACCACCAUCAUCGUCGUCGUCGUCGUCGUCGUCAUCAUCAUCAUCACCAUCACCAUCAUAUUCAUCAUUGUCAUCAUCAUGCAUCACUCUCACCCGCAGCUGCCAAACGAUCAUCCGUAGCAGCAACGAGGAAACGCAGGCAGAACAACAUAAACAACAGCAGCGGCAGCGGUAGCAGCGACAGCAGCAACACUAACAAGAAAAACACCACCACCAACAACAACAACAGCAACAACUGUGACAACAACUGUGACAACAACAAUAAUAACACUAGAAGUAUAAUAAUCAAAAGACGAAAGAAAGACAGGAAAGAAAUAGAAAACAGCUAGAAUAAGGGCAGAGGCAACGUUAACCGCAUCAUCAGCAUCAAUAGUUGAUUUCAAUACAGCUUCAGCUAUGACCGAAACUCCGUUCCGAAGCAAGCUGAUGUCACUUAAGGAGGACUUAAAGAGUCACAGUUUUUGGAAGGCUGUCCGCUGUGAAUUCCUUACUACUUUGCUUUAUACUUUCAUCGGAUGUGGUUCUUGGACGUUAUGGAGACAAGAAGAGAAACGACAGAUCAUGGAUGAGAGACGGCUUAUCGAGCACGAAUUGAAAAUAGCACUCACUUUCGGAUUGGCCACCGCCACGUUGGUCCAGUGUGUGGGACAUAUCAGCGGUGCACACCUGAAUCCGGCCGUUACUAUAGCAAUGCUAGUCACGCGAAACGUCAAUGUGCUAAGGGCAAUUUUUUAUAUGACAGCACAAUGCGCCGGUGCCAUCACAGGCGCUGGUAUUUUAUACGGAUUAACCCCAUAUGAGGCGCACGGCCUACUAGGGGUUACAACGAUUCAUGCCGAAAUGACAAAAGGUCAAGCUUUUGGUGUAGAAUUUAUGAUAACGUUUAUUAUGGUAUUUACGUUUUUUGCUAACCUUGACCCCAAACGUUCAGAUAUGGGCUCACGAUCACUUUCUAUCGGAUUAUCUGUUACACUUGGACAAUUAUUUGCACUAAAUUACACUGGUGCCAGUAUGAACCCUGCAAGAUCCUUAGGCCCUGCAAUUAUAAUGCAAAAAUGGGAAGAUCACUGGGUAUAUUGGGUUGGUCCGAUGUUGGGAGGUAUCAUAGGUGGUUUCACUUAUGAGUACACACACGAUUCAUCCAACCAAAUCCAGCAUUUCCGAAGGUCGUUUCGCCGGAAGCAGUCAAACUUACGUCGCAGUCGAAGUGUGAACUCCAGUAACAAUUCAAUGUCUACUGAACUCACAUUCUCGCCAACGGCUGAACAGCCACGUAUUUGACUAGAUGCAGCUGAAGAUGAGUGUGAGGGUCCUGAAGAAGACGAAGAAGAAGAAGAAACCAGUCACCAUGAAAUGGAGAGGUUUUAGUGAACAUAUAAACAUUAUUAACGUCACAAAAUGGUUGUAUCAGUUGUAUAUAUAUUCUGUAUGAAAAGUUACUCGGACACAUCUACCGGCAUAGAGCACGUGUAUAUAUGCAUACAUACAAACAAAUAUAUAUAUACAUAUACGUAUGUGUAUUUAUACGCAUACAUAUAAAUACAUACAUAUAUAUACAUCUGCAUACAUGCAUAUAUAUUUGAAUAUAUAUACAUACAUACACACACACACACACACACACACACGC